GAGCACAUACAACAUUGACAAUCAAAUUGGAGCUAUUCAAAACGAUUAAACAAUUAAUGACGGGCGUUGACGGACUUACAUUUGAGAGCAACAAUGGCCGCUAUGGAUUAAAGAAAAUAAAACCCAGAAUUGGAAGCAAAUUGUGAUGUUGAUGGAGACAGAGAAAGAAUGUCAACGCAAAUUUAGAAAAAAAAAAGGGGGGGGGGGGGGGUUCAAGGAGAGGUAUUAUUGAACGAGAAUUGUUGAACAAUUAUUGGAAUUGGACAUUGAUCGAAGAAGAAGUUCGAUGUAUAGUAAUUUCAGAGAUCAAGGUUUAGAGUACGCGAAGCAGGCAGUAGAAGAAGAAAAUGUUGGAAAUUACGGGAAGGCGUUCCCGUUGUAUAUGAAUGCUUUGGAGUAUUUGAAAGCUGCUUUGAAAUAUGAGAAGGAUCCAAAUGUGAAGGAAUCAAUCAGCCAGAAGUUCACUCUCUAUUUGCGCCGUGCCGAGGAGAUUAGGGCUCUGCUUGAUCACGGUGGUGAUGCCGCACCUCACCUUAAUUCCUCCGUCACCGCCGCCAUAAGCAGUGAGAAGACGGUGGAUUCCAAAUACAAGGAAUUUUCCCCUCAUUCAUUUAAUUAUUCCAAGGAUCAAGCUACAAAGAUGGUGAAGGAAGCAGUACAGGAAGAUAAUGCUGGCAAUUAUGCCAAGGCCUUCCCCUUAUAUAUGGAAGCCUUGGAGAACUUCAAAACUGUUUUGAAGUAUGAGAAGAAUCCCGAGAUCAAGGAAGCCAUUACACUAAAAUUCAACCAGUAUUUGUGUCGUGCCGAAGAGAUUAGUGCUCUCUUUGGCGAUGGCGGUCUUCCUGGAACAAGUUCUAGUGGAUAUGGGGUGGAUCCAGAGCAUGCUAAGAUGCUAACCGAUCUUCAUUACGUGAUCAUAAAGAAGAAGCCAGAUGUCAAGUGGAUUGAUGUCGCUGGAUUGGAGAGCGCCAAACAGGCAUUACAACAGGCUGCAAUAUUACCAUUGAAGUUCCCACAGUUCUUUACCGGCAAAAGGGUACCAAGUAGAGCUUUCCUGUUGUAUGGGCCUCCUGGAACUGGAAAGUCAUACUUGGCGAAGGCCAUUGCUACAGAAGCUGAUUCAACAUUUUUCAGUAUUUCUUGUUCAGAUCUUGUCUCAAAAUGGAUGGGAGAAACUGAAAAGCUAGUGAUAGUGCUUUCAAAACUGUUCCAAAUGGCUUGUGAUAGCGCUCCAUCCAUCAUCCUAAUCGAUGAAAUAGAUUCCUUGUGCAGUCGAGGAGGGGAAGGUAACGAAAAUGAAGCUUUUAGACGUAUCAAGACAGAACUUCUUGUGCAAAUGCAGGGUGUGGGACACAACGAUAAUAAGGUUCUUGUUCUUGCUACAACAAAUACACCCUAUGCUUUGGAUCAGGCCAUUCGUCGACAAUUUGACAAACGGAUAUACAUCCCUCUUCCCGAUUCGAAUGCAAGGCAACAUAUAUUCAAAGUGCAUUUAGGCGAUACUCCAAAUAAUUUGACAGAAGGAGAUUUUGAAAGCUUGACACUUAGAACAGAAGGUUUUUCAGGCUCAGAUAUUUCAGUUUGUGUGAAGGAUGUGCUCUCCCAAUGUGUUCGUAACACUCGAGAUGCAGUUUUCUUCCAUAAGACUUCUGAUGGCAUGUGGGAAACCUGUGGAUCUAAGCAACCAGGUGCUGUCGAGAUUACGAUGAAAGAGCUAACAGCAAAAGGAUUUGCCUCAAAGAUCCUUCCUAACACAAUUUCAAGGACUGACUUCGACAAGGUUUUGGCUAGACAAACAGCUACAGUUAGUAAAUCCGAUGUCGAGGUUCACGAAAGGUUUACGAAAGAGUUUGGGGAAAAAGGUUGAAGAGUUGGUUGUAAUUUCCUCACCAACUGAUGAAUAAUGUUUGUAUUUAUCUUUCAUUCUUCCAUUAAAGGUAUUUUGUACUAAGCAGCAAAUAUUGGAGUCUGGCCUUCCUCAAAUUUAAUGUCACCAAUUUGUGUGCAGCACAGAAAUUUGAAAUGAUUAAUGAUGCUUUCUAGUCACUUAAUGUAAA